AUGUUUUUUAAAACAUUCUUCAAGACAUUUAUUGUCUUCUGUUUUAUGGGAUUUGAUUCCCUUUUCGUCGAAGGAAUGCACCCUCCUCGUGGGAGGAUGAGAACUGGAGAAGGCCAAGGCCAAGCCAAUCUGAACACGUUCUCUCUAACUGAGUUGUCCUUUCUGAUUAAAAUUUUGGAUAGAAUUGAAUUAGAUGAAGUCUACAACAAUUCUGUAUCUAUUGAGCGCAUACUCAGGCAAAAAGGAGCUGGCGUUCUAGCUGAAACUGGAUUGUCGGAAAAUGAUCGAAUCAUUGAUGAUUUUCGACGAAAAAUAAGAGGGGUGUUAACUUAUUUUACGCGAAUUCUUAACACCUAUCAAAGGCAAUUACAAUCCUAUUAUUUAGCACUUUCGGAUAGAGAAACUCAACUUAUUUUUAUUAACAAUAGACUCGAUGAUUAUAGACAAAGUGUUGAAGUGGAUGAGUAUAAUCAAUUUAUUGUAGAUCAUGGUUUAGAUAUAGAUGAGUUUGGUGAAGGGCGAGAUUUGGGAAUAGUUCCUGCUUCAUUAUGGAAUAUUGGGUGA